AUGUCUAAAGACGGCCGUCACAACUACGAUCGUGAUACAAGUAGUGACACAGAAGAUUAUCAAGAUACCGAGGACCAUAGGCGUCGUGUGUUCAAAACAAGGCUAAGUUAUGGAAGUUCCUUAAAACCCAAAUCCUGUUUGGUACAGCGUCAUUCAACUGGUAACCAGUUGGCUCUGACACCAAUCAAUAAACAACAAACCACUUCAAUGAGAAAUAGAAAAGCAAUGCCCAGAUUUUCUUGCUCAAUGAAUUCUAUGAAAAGUCUGAUGAAUCAAAACGCAACUACUUCAGGUUCGUCCUAUCCAAGUACUUCAGGUUCAGGCCAUUUAACUAGCUCUAGAAACAAUAUUGCUAAUAAAGAAGAAAGAGUAACUCUUAUUGUAGAUAACACUAGAUUUAUUGUUGAUCCUGCUAUAUUCAUUGCCCAUUCAAAUACAAUGCUUGGAAGAAUGUUUAGUUCUAACGAAUAUACAAAUAAGAAUGAACGUGGGGAAUAUGUGGUAGCAGAAGGUGUCUCUGCAAAUGUAUUUAGGUGUAUUUUGGAGUAUUAUAAGGGUAAUGUAAUGCGCUGUCCAUCUUCAAUUUCAGUACAAGAGCUACGAGAAGCUUGUGAUUAUUUGUUAAUACCAUUUGACGCUAAAACAGUCAAAUGUCAAAAUUUAAGAGGAUUAUUACAUGAGCUGUCAAAUGAAGGAGCUCGUUGUCAGUUUGAAGUAUUUUUAGAAGAUCUAAUAUUACCUUUAAUGGUUAAUUCUGCUCAACGAGGAGAUCGUGAAUGUCAUGUAGUUGUCUUACUUGAUGACGAUAUAGUAGAUUGGGAUGAAGAAUAUCCGCCUCAAAUGGGAGAAGAAUAUUCACAAACUGUAAAUAGCACUGCCUUAUAUAGAUUCUUCAAAUACAUUGAAAAUAGAGAUGUUGCCAAACAAGUAAUGAAAGAACGUGGUCUUAAAAAGAUUCGUCUAGGCAUUGAAGGUUACCCAACUUAUAAAGAAAAAGUCAAAAAAAGAGCUGGGGGCCGUAAAGAUGUGAUUUAUAAUUAUGUCCAAAGACCUUUUAUCCAUAUGUCAUGGGAAAAAGAAGAAGCUAAGAGUCGUCAUGUCGAUUUCCAAUGCUUAAAGUCCAAGUCUGUGACUAAUUUAGCAGAAGCAACUGCUGAUCCUGUUUUGGAAUUAGAUGCUAGAGGUAAUCCUAUGGGUGCUGUAGCCAUAGAUCCAGACAUUCGAGUGGUAUAUGAUGGUCAUGAACAAGAUGAUGGAGCUGUAGACUCUCCUCCUCCUCCCACAGUUUCAGAAGCUGAACAAAAUGAAGAGGCUCAACCCAAUGAUCAGUAA